AUGAAAUUAACCCAGAAAUUUUUCUUGUGUAUCUUCAUUUUAUUCUUCUCGCCGUCCACAAUUUUCAGCACAACCAAUCCUCCAAAUGUUGACUCCAAGAAAUCAGUGAAUACCCUUGAAAACCUAGUUGAGAUGUCUAAAGGAGAUUCUUUAAUAAACCUGACUGGGACAAUUCUCGAUUCAAACCCCCCUAACUGCGACGGAAGGUGUGGAACAUGCUCGCCUUGCGAGCCGGUUCUGGUGCUGGCGCCGCCGCCGGAAAAACAAGUUCAAUUUGACGUUGAGAAGAUUCAUGUAAACUACUACCCGCAAAUUUGGAGGUGUGAAUGCAAUGGCAACAUAUACAAUAUACCCUAG